CGGACGUCGUGGCGAGAAGUGACUGCGGGGGCCGCACUCUAGUGCGAGAUCGAGAGAGCCAGCGACCACGACGGCAAGCCACACAUUGAACCCCGAACGGCCGGACACGAGGGGGUCAGACUGCCGAGCGUGAGCAAGCCUACCGGAGACCGCCGGCCGCUGGCCUCCUGGGCUGGCCUCGGUGCCCACUCCGCGCAGACAUGGCCCGCUCCCGCAGCGUGCUGCCCCUCGCGCUGGCCCUGGCCCUCCUGAGCGGCGUGGCCUGGCAGCUGGCGCCUGCGUUCGCUGGCCCUCCCCGCGCUCCUGCGGCGCAGGUCGACGCUCGCCUCGCGGCCGCGAUCUCGGCCGGCCUGCUGCCCCUCGCGGUGGAGCAGCCGGCGGGCGCCUACGACAGCGUCGUGGCCAUGCUGCAGAGCUGGCUUGUUGGGGGCACCGUGCUGACCAUCAUCAUCGCGGCGGCGCUCGUGGCGGCGACGGCCAACCCGCUCUCGAAGCGGCGGGCAGCGGUCGCGGCCCAGGUCGAGGGGAAGAAGUGAGCCGCGGCCCCCUCGGUGUACUGCGAGAGCCGCUCGGCGCUGGCGGCACGCGUCGUGCCGGGCGGCAGAGUUUUUUUUUGAAGCGCAGUCUGCGCUGUUGGGAGGUCUUCGAUUUUCUCGAGCCCGCCCGCCACAUGGAAAAGCCAUCCGAUCCAGCACCGUGACAGCCUGACACUCUGUGCGCCUUUCUCU